GCGUUGCUUGUCGAAGUGGGAAAGUACGAACCUCACGCCGGCGAGGUGACCCUGCGGCGCCGGCACUCGGCACUGCACCCUCCCUUCAUUGUCUGUUGGGCUGCCGAGACCUUUCCUGCGGCCGGUGCGGAAGGGAACGGCGGCUCUGGAGGGGCUGGUGGGGAAUCGGCUGGCUGGCGGGUGCCCGUGCGGCAGGCGUGGAGCUUGGACCGGGAGGUCGUUGGCUCAGCGAGCCUCGGCUGCUGGGAAAACCUGGUAGCAUUCUCUUUCCUGCCCGGCAACACGAACCCCCGUGCAUUUGUUUGAACUACUUCGGUUCCAACAGAAACGUUGAGAACUGGGCGCCGUCCUCCAAUUAAACACCGCGGUGGGAAACAGGAUUUUUAAGAAGUGACAGCUUGAUCGCAGCAGGAAUGGCAGCACCAUCCAUGAAAGAAAGGCAGGUUUGCUGGGGAGCGCGGGAUGAGUACUGGAAGUGUUUAGAUGAGAAUUCAGAAGACACUUCUAAGUGCAAGAAGUUAAGAAGUUCAUUUGAGUCAAGUUGUCCCCAGCAGUGGAUAAAAUAUUUUGAUAAACGAAGAGACUACUUAAAAUUCAAAGAAAAAUUUGAAGCAGGAGAGUUCGACCCUUCAAAAGCACCUACAAAGACCUAGGCUAUUGCUGAACUUUUUAGAAAGGUUGGAACUCUUCUUUCUGGACAUCCAAGAAUGCUCCACUGACUGGGACAGUACUAGGUUGAAUCAUGAUAAAAUCAAUACUGGUUUCCAUAUGCAUAAUUCUUAAUAAUUAAAACUGACCAAGUAAUGAAAGAGUCCAUCAUUCAAAGUAUGAAGAACUAAAAUUAAUGGUGUAAGAUGCAUAUUUUUCAUUAGGAAAGAAAUGUAUAUUUUAAGAAAAUAAAGACUAUUAUGAAAAUAUA